AUGGCUUUGCCGAUCGCCUGCACAGUGGCCUUAGUAGCACGCAGAGUCACAUCAGUUGCUGUGCAUAGCUCUUUGAAGCAAGGAGUGUGCUGUACAUGGGCCAUUUUCCUCAGAUGUCGAGAUCUCAGAUGGAGUCAGAUAAAGCUGUUGGUGUGCUGUGUUUCAGAUGGAGCAGCGGAGGAGGCAGGGCUGCAGGUUGGAGACUAUGUGCUGGCGGUAAACGGCACUGAUGUCACAAGUGUGCCACACUCAGAAGCAGCUGACCUCGCACGACAAGGCCCAGACAUUUUAACGCUGACCAUUGGCUCGGAUAUUGGUCGAACGCCUAACACUCCACGACCAGCGUGCAGGGGUUACUUGCAUAAGCAAACUCAAUCCAGUUUGCUGAAAGGCUGGAGAAAGAGGUGGUUCGUGCUCAGACAUGACUGCUGCCUCUAUUACUACAGAAACAAGCGAGAUGAAGGGAAGAGUGGAGCUCUGUCUGCGACGAGUCUGGAAGGAGCGGUGGUGGAGGCCGACACCAGUUUAGGAAAGCCGUUUGUGUUCAGAUGCUGUCCUGUCUCUGGAAACCGAGUUUACUACCUGUGUGCAACAUCAAACCAAGAGAUGAAGAGGUGGCUGGAGGCUAUGGGUAGAGCGGUUCAUCCUAUUACUCAGAAUCACGUGUGGAUGGACGUCACUCGACACAACUCAAAUCUGCCCCCUCUGGCAGUCAAGAACCCAGAAUGCCUUGGGUUACUCCACCAGCUGGACAGGACCAAGGACUCAUGGGUGCAGCACUACUGUGUGCUGAAAGACGGAUGCCUCUAUUUCUAUGCAAGCAUUCGGUCAACCUGCGCGAUAGGAGGAAUCUACUUGCAUGGUUUCACAGUGAGGGAUCAGCCAGUGGGAUCCAGAAGAUCUGCUAUUGAGCUCAGACCUCCAUCUGAAGAGUUUAAAGUGUUCUACCUCUGUGCAGAGAAUGCUAAUGAGAACAAACGAUGGGUUAGUGCAAUAAAAUCGUCAAUAGGAAAAUGGCUUCCACUGCAUCAGGCAAUUCAAGACUACAUGUGUCGCCCACCCGAGGAAACAAGAAUGUGAACAAGACUGAUUACAGGACAGCCUGGAGUUUCUCAACAAGUUUAAUUCAGACACGACCAUGUUCAUACCAGAACAUAAUGAUUUUCUAAUUUUCUCUUACAAUUAAAUCUCUGAAUAUCAUAGUUUCUGCAUUUGAAAUAUGCAAAUACAUACAAAUUAAUAGAACAAUUAAAAAAAUGGAAAUUAAAUUGAUUAAAUAAUCUGCUGUAGAUAUUCAUGAUGGAACCUAAAAUAACUCCAUGUAUAAUAUUCAAGUGUGACAACACAGCAAGCAGCAAGUGCAUGAAGUUGUCACGGCAACCAGACACACUGCAUGCUGGAGCAUAGAAAUAUAAAUAGAAACCUCAGAACUCUGAGUUACAUCACUGUUUUCUCUUUCAAGACUCUAAUUUCAAAUGACGUCUUGAUUCAGGUCCACUUAACCUUUAAUGUGUUGCAUGUUUCUUUGCAUUCAGAGGAAAGUUUAAGAAAGAAUGAUGGCCUGCAUUUCUGUAAACUUUUGUUGUCACACAAUUUGAAUUCUUAUGAUCUGUUUCCCAUUUUCAAGAUUUUCUAUGUAAUGACAGUGCCACUGUUAUUUGUACAUUAUAUGCAUUUUCUUUAUGUUUUUACUGUCUAGGCCAUUUAGUUCGCUUGCGGUAAAAUAUCUUCCCUCUUGUUUUAGCUCAUUUAUAUAGUUGACGGCAAUAUUAUGACUUUUCCUAUUCUUUGUAUAACUAACGAUACAUUUAUGGCUUUUUGUAUUAUUAUUUUUAUUAGUACUCGGUGAUGCUUUUUACAAAAUGUAGAAUUUUUACAAACUAAGGGAAUAUUUACACUUGGUCCCUUCAUGCAUUUUAAUUUGUCAGAUUAAUAAUCAUCAGAUUAAUAAUGUCCACGUAUGUGCCCUGAGCAACCAAAUUCAUUACACUUGGCUGAAAUGCAUCUCAGAUUACAUUCACUUUA